UUCCAUUACAUUUAUAUCUUUCUGGCCUAUUCCUUGACCUUGAAAUUCACGGACAAAAGCCACGAGGAAAGGUAGUCCCUUUUCGAAUGAAGCGGGCGAAGGUAGAGGCUGAGAAUUUGGGCUCCGCGGCAAAAGGGGUGGCUUCUCCUCCGCCGCCACCGCCUCUGCCGCCACUGCUCCCAAGGAGCUGGGCUAGGAGGACAGCCUCGGCUGAAUGCAUAACAAACAGAGAGAUUGCCGAGUUCUGGAGGCGGAAGCGCACCGAGGAAGAAGAUCACCUGCUAGCUGCGAUCAAGGCUGCUGCCCGGGUCCGGGCCCGUAAAUUCUCGGCUGAUAACUACAAGCACUUCAUAGAGUCCCUCGAAGAUGCUGACGACGAUCCUAAGGGGAAGAACAGUGAUACUGCUGCUUCCCGGAACACAGAGAACUAUGAGAAUGAAGUGCGAGUCGGGAUAAAAGACUGGUGGACGAAGAGCAACUACGCGUACCUAAACCAACCUGCACUUGGUUUGGUUGAAAAACCCAGAAGCCGAGCUUCGAGUUACACUCCCAAUUGCUUCUCCUACAAGCCCACUCCUUUUUAUGCUACUUCACUUGGAGUAUUUUAGUUGCAUGAUCCAAUAAAAUGGUUGUCUCAAUUCCUUGGUUGUAUUUAUGAUUGGGUUUGCCUUUUCAAUGAUGUGAUCUAAAAUUUAAUAAGUGGGUUACGUGUUUGUAAUAGUUGUCAUCUGUAUAAUAAUAUCAAUAAAUUGAUUUGAAUGUUACGUUGGUUUCCUUUCCGUA